CCCCCUCUCCUGCCGCGAGUGGUCCUCAGUGUCUGAGCCCAGCUACCAGCUCUCUUCUGGAUCGUGGCCCAGUGCAGAAGCACAGCCUCCGUCCCAGGAACGAAGGCCCUACUGGAGUGGCUCAGGACUUUCCACAAAGACCCGGGGCUCGUGUGCUUGUCAGGAACGUACCGCUGCCCCUCACGGGCCAGCGUCCCAGCAGCAGAUGGGGCUGGCCGGGCGGCCUGGAGAGCGAGUCUCCGGCCUCAGAGAGGCGCAGGGCCGCGGUGGGGCUCUUAAAAAGGGCCCCCAGCUAGCUGGUGUCGGCGCUCACAGCCCACUCUGACUGCGCCUCUGCCCCUCCCGCUCCUGCGAGCCCCGUGGCGCCGGCGAACAGGCGGACACGCGGAUCCGCCUGACCGGGACGGGGUUCCGGGUCGCACUGCGCAUGCCCUGGAGUCAUGGCCGGCGGAGGCGGUGGUUCGCGGCGGCGCGCUGCGCGCGGCGGUAAUUAGUAAUUGUCCUCCUGCUCCCGGGAGGCGAGGCGCGUGGGGCGCGGCUUCCCGGUGGCUGCGCGGCGGUACCCCGGCCCGAGGGGCAGCCGGGCAGAUGAGACCGCCGCUUCUCCGUGCCCUGUAGAGGUUUCUCAGAGAGAAGCCGGGACCGGUUCCGAACCCUCCGGACCGCCCGCGGGGAGCUGAGCCGGCGCGCGGGGACAGCGAGGCCGCGGAGAGGAGUCUAGCCGUACGGUAGUUACAUACUUCCAUUUUCCACUGCUUCCAGUAUGAUAAGCAGCAGUGUGCAACAAAUGACAGUUAUGGAGCACCUGCACAGACAUUCGUUCAUAUGGUUUCUUCAGUCAUCCGUCAAGCAUUCAAGAGAAUGAGAUCAAUCUAUAUGUACCAACACAGAAAGGUGUCAUUUGUUGAGUAAAAAAGGAUCCCGUUUGUGUAAAGGAAAAAGGACACAUCUAUUUGAGUAUGCAUAGAAACUAUCCUAAGGGAUAAUACAAGAAACUGGCAAAACUAGGAAGGUGCAAUGGCGAGGAAUUUAUCUGUAAUCUUGAUUCUGACCUUCACACUGUCAGUCACAAAUCCCCUUCAUGAACUAGAACCGGCAACUGCUUUCGCUCAGACCACUGAGAAAAUUAUUACGAAUUGGGAAUCUGGCAUUAAUGUUGACUUGGCAGUUGCCACACAGCGACAUCAUCUACAGCAGCUUUUCCAUCGCUAUGGAGAAAAUAAUUCCUUGUCAGUUGAAGGGUUCAGAAAAUUGCUUCAGAAUAUAGGCAUAGAUAAGGUUAAAAAAAUCCAUAUACACCAUGACCACGACCAUCACUCUGACCAUGAUCACCACUCUCACCGUAAUCAUGCUGCUUCCAGUAAAAAUAAUCGGAAAGGUCUUUGCCCAGACCAUGAGUCUGAUAGUUCGGGUAAAGAUCCCAGAAACAGCCAGGGGAAAGGAUCUCACCGAUCAGAACGUGCCAAUGGUAGAAGGAAUGUUUUAAUCAAGGAUGAUGUUACUGCUAGUGAAGUGACCUCAACUGUGUAUAAUGCUGUCUCUGAAGGAACUCACUUUCUAGAGACAAUAGACACUCCAAAACCUGGAAAAUUUUUCCCCAAAGACGUGAGCAGUUCCACUCCACCAAGUAUCACAGAAAAAAGCCGGGUGAGCCGGCUGGCCAGUAGGAAAACAAAUGAAUCUGUGAGUGAGCCCAGAAAAGGCUUUAUGUAUUCCAGAAACGCAAAUGAAAAUACUCAGGAGUGUUUCAAUGCGUCAAAGUUGCUUACAUCUCAUGGCAUGGGCAUCCAGGUUCUGCUGAAUGCAACGGAGUUCAACUAUCUCUGCCCAGCCAUCAUCAAUCAAAUUGACGCUAGAUCAUGUCUGAUUCAUACAACGAGUGAAAAGAAAGCUGAAAUCCCUCCAAAGACCUAUUCUUUACAAAUAGCCUGGGUUGGUGGCUUUAUAGCCAUUUCCAUCAUCAGUUUUCUGUCUUUGCUCGGCGUUAUCUUAGUGCCUCUCAUGAAUCGGGUGUUUUUCAAAUUUCUCCUAAGUUUCCUUGUGGCACUGGCUGUUGGGACACUAAGUGGCGAUGCUUUUUUACACCUCCUUCCACAUUCUCAUGCAAGUCACCACCAUAGUCACAGCCAUGAAGAAUCUGCAAUGGAAAUGAAGAGAGGGCCACUUUUCAGUCAUCUGUCUUCUCAAAACAUAGAAGAAAGUACCUAUUUUGAUUCCACAUGGAAGGGUCUGACGGCUCUGGGUGGCUUGUAUUUCAUGUUUCUUGUUGAACAUGUACUCACAUUGAUCAAGCAAUUUAAAGAUAAGAAGAAAAAGAACCAGAAAAAACCUGAAACUGAUGAUGAUGUGGAGAUUAAGAAGCAGCUGUCCAAGUAUGAAUCUCAACUUUCAACAAAUGAGGAGAAAGCAGACGCAGAUGAUCGACCUGAAGGCUAUUUACGAACAGACUCCCAGGAGCCCUCCCACUUUGAUUCUCAACAGCCAGCAAUCUUGGAAGAAGAAGAGGUCAUGAUAGCUCAUGCUCAUCCACAAGAAGUCUAUAAUGAAUAUGUCCCCCGAGGGUGCAAGAAUAAAUGCCAUUCGCAUUUUCAUGAUACGCUUGGCCAGUCAGACGAUCUCAUUCACCACCAUCAUGACUACCAUCAUAUUCUGCAUCACCACCACCACCAAAACCACCACCCCCACAGUCACAGUCAGCGCUACUCUCGGGAGGAGCUGAAGGACGCGGGCAUCGCCACACUGGCCUGGAUGGUGAUCAUGGGCGACGGCCUGCACAAUUUCAGUGAUGGCCUUGCAAUUGGCGCUGCUUUUACUGAAGGUUUGUCGAGUGGUUUAAGUACUUCUGUUGCUGUGUUUUGUCACGAGUUGCCUCAUGAAUUAGGUGACUUUGCUGUUUUACUAAAGGCUGGCAUGACUGUUAAGCAGGCUGUUCUUUAUAACGCUUUGUCAGCCAUGCUGGCUUAUCUUGGAAUGGCAACGGGAAUCUUCAUUGGUCAUUAUGCUGAAAAUGUUUCUAUGUGGAUAUUUGCUCUUACUGCUGGCUUAUUCAUGUAUGUUGCUCUGGUUGAUAUGGUACCUGAGAUGCUGCACAAUGAUGCUAGUGACCAUGGAUGUAGCCGCUGGGGAUAUUUCUUUUUACAGAAUGCUGGGAUACUUUUGGGUUUUGGAAUUAUGUUGCUUAUUUCCAUAUUUGAACAUAAAAUUGUGUUUCGUAUAAAUUUCUAAUUAGGGCAUAAAUGCUAGAAUAGCUUAAAAAAGUAUUGCUGUCUGUAGUUAUGAAUAGGUCAUAGGAAGAUGAGAGUUCAUAUGCUGUGAUAUGCAGCCUUUACGGUUAGUGGAUUUUGUGAUUUUUUUUUUAUUGAAUAGUUCCAUUUGUUAUGCUCAUAAGGUCAGUUAUGGUGGUAACACAAAGGUACAUUUUAAUAUUUAAGUUAUUCUAUUUUGGAAUAUGAGCUAUAUGUGCAGUUUACCAAUUUUACCAGUUUAUUGUAUAAACAAGAGAUUUGGCAUGACAUAUUCUGUAUAUUUCAGGAAAAAUGUCUUUAAUGCUUUUUCUAGAACUAAUUUAACACAGCAAGCCCCCCAUGCUGGAUUCCAGGCCUCUGAAGAACGGUUAGCAUUUAGGAGUAGGGAUACACACAAAGCCUGAGAUACCAAUAAAGCUCAUACUGAAGUUUAGCUAAGAAAUAAAGAGAAAAAAAGAAGGAUCUGUAAUAAUUAAGAAGGCACAGAUUUCUUACCAAAAAAAAAAGUCACAAAACUGGUUACAAAACAGAAGAAAAAAUUUAAAUUAAAAAGGCAAUUUUAGUAUAGAGUACCUUCACAAAACAUUUUUGUCAGAGUAGAAUAAACCACAGUGAGCACUUUUUACUAAUUUAGUUGUACAUUUAACUUUGUAUAAUAGAGAAGUCUAAGUAUAUUUAAUGAAUUCAAGCAAUAUAUAGCUUAACCAAGAAAUUGGAAUGUUAAAAUAUUUGUGUGGAGUUUUACCAGAUGAGUAUGAGUAAGUCUAUGUAUGGCCAGAAAACUUGGGUGUUGAAUGUUCUGGUUAUCUGGUUUACCAAAUGUCAACAUAUUAGAGCUUUGAGAUAGGCAAGGACAUGAAAACCAUACUGAGUAAAAUUUGGCUCCUUGGAUUCAGAAAAUACUUUGGUAUCUUUCAGUGCUUCAGUGUUGUCGUUAUGAGCAAUUAUCAUUUAUAUGUAGUACUUUAGACAUACUAGGGCUGUCUGUGGCAUUCUCUAGAUGUUGCUUUUCUACAAAAUAAAUUUCCCAUGUCAGCUUGAUAUCA